AUGGCGGCAUCCUACAAUGCUGGCCCUUACAUUCUGGGUAUUAACUGGAUCGCGGCGGGACUCGCGAUCUUUAUCGUCUUGUUGAGACUCAUUGCCAAGCGCCGGGUGCGCAAUGUGGCCUGGGAUGAUGCAGCUAUGAUUUUUGCUUUGAUGCUCGGCCUGGCGUCGUCCGUCUUAAUCACCAUCUCAAUCUACUACGGCUACGGGAAACAUGUGAUGGACAUUGAACCUUCCGACCGACUCUUCGCCAUGAAGAUCUACACGAUCUUCCAGUGUGUCUCGAUCCUUAGUACUGGGACGGGAAGAGUCGCUUUCGUUCUUUACUUAUUGCCCAUCUUCCAACAACAAUACAUCACACGCCAUCUCCUGUGGUUUAUCUUCGCGUUGCAGUUAAUUACGAACUAUGUCAGUCCGGUGACUAUCUUAGCCCAGUGCAAAGAUGUCAGUGUUCUUUGGGACCCCACCGUCCAGACCCAAUGCUGGGAUCCAAAGAUUACCGUUGCGUACAGCUACGUACAAUGCAGUAUAAACACCGCCACCGACCUCUACCUCGCGACAUUCCCCGUGUAUACCUUUUGGAAUUUGAACCUUAGGCGACGCACCAAGGCAAUCCUUAUGAUUCUACUCAGUCUGGGACUAGUCGCCAUGGUCGCUUCAAUCAUGCGAGCCCUCUACCUCCCCUCCCUUUCCGACCUCGGCGACCGAACAGUCGCAACCAACCGACUGACGAUCUGGGCCCUGCUGGAGUGCUACAUAGUGAUCACCACCGCCUCAAUUCCCUGUAUCCGAUCACUGGUGGUGCACUCGGUUCGACAUGUCAUCAGCCAUAGCCGAACUAGCUCCGGCCGCGAUAUCGAUAGCAAACGAAGCAGACAAAACACCUGGGGUGAUUACUCCUCCUCGUGGAACUAUCCCGUGGCAGCAGCAGAUCUGGAGGGUCGGAGACAUAUCCUGAGUGAUGUCGAGUUGGUCCGAAUAGAUCAUGGCCGCGCAUCCAAGUUGAUGGAGGUAUCGGUGGCCGCGGAAGCAAUCCCCAAGUGGAUCUAAUUAAU